CGGGGAGCGAGUGACGACGUGCUAACGAGUUAGCAGGGUAGCUAUUGCUAUCUAGUGUGCGCGCGGUGGAGGCGAUUUAUGUAUGAUAGAGGGCAAUAUUCCAGCAUAUAUUGCAUUUUAUUUUAGGUUAGCCAUCUAAGUGAUAAUAUUAUGCCGAGCAAAAAGAAGAAAUACAACGCCAGAUUCCCUCCGGCACGGAUUAAGAAGAUUAUGCAGACUGAUGAAGAAAUAGGGAAAGUGGCUGCAGCAGUACCUGUUAUUAUUUCGAGAGCCCUGGAGCUUUUUUUGGAAUCAUUGCUCACCAAGGCCUGUAAAGUCACCCAGUCUAGGAAUGCAAAGACAAUGACGAUGUCGCAUCUGAAGCAGUGUAUCGAGCUGGAGCAACAGUUUGAUUUCUUGAAAGACCUGGUCGCCACGGUGCCCGACAUGCAGGGCGAGGGGGAAGAAAACCACACGGAGGGGGGAGGAGAAAAAGUCCCACGCAGGGGAAGAAAACCAGGGUCCGGCCGCAAGAACGGAGGAGCCGGCUCCAAAGCAAAGGACAAGAAGUUGUCCGACACCGAGUCGGAGCAAGAGGACGACUCUGAAGACAGCGAGACCGACGCGGACGAGGACGACGGCUUCCCGUCUGCGGCACAGCUGCCGCACAUACCGAGGCUCCACAGGGGUGUACACCCGCUGGAGCGCUCCACCUCCCACAGCUCCACCGAAUCCCAGCCGGACCCCGACAUGGAGAGCGGGUCCCCGGUGGGCGGCGCGGCGCCCGCCGAGCCCCCGGGCGCCAUGGCCUUCGCCCCCCACCCCUCCAUGAUCAGCGCCGCGCCGCCUCCCCCGGCCCCGGAGCCGCACAAAAACAAGGAGGACGACGACGAAGACUAUGACUCUUAGCUCCCUCCUCCUCCUCCUCUUCUUCCCACACCACUUACGCACGCACGUACACUCUUCCGACAUAAUUUUUUCCGAUUCCUUAAGUUGUCGUCGCGGCGGAGGAGGGAAAGACUCUUCAUCACGCCGCCGCCGCCGCACACAGAAAACCAGUUGUACAUUAUGUGUUUUAAUUUUCUUUUUUCUUUUUAACAACGCAAAACAAAAAGGUUUUAUUUUAUUGUAGAGGAGAAUCCGACGAGGAUGUUUUUUAACGAGUCCGUUGUUCUAUUUUGACUAUAAAAAAAAAAAAUCAAAAAAAUGGCAGUCGUCACGUAUUUUUGCCGUGAGCCCCCCGCAGACACGACCGCUGUAGUUUGUGUUGCCGUGCAGAUUUUUCUUUUCUUCUUUUGCCACUUUUCCUUUCUUCCUCAGUCCUGCGUAGUCGACUUAUGAAGCGGACGAGUGAACAUCGUUCUAUGAGCGGGAGUUAACGCGGCCUUUCGACGCUCCUCCGGAGGCUGAGAGGCGUUCGAGUGGCCGCUGUGAAGACGCGUACUUCCCGGCUUUGUCACUCCGCCGGCGGGCUGCAACGUAAACAAGGAAGCGGAUGUAUUUUUAUUAUCUUUUGGCUUUUUGGAAUCUCUUUCUAUUUUUAAUUCACGUUUUUAUCAAGAGAACGAUAAACCUCCUCGACCGCAGACAACCACGUCAGCCGGUCAGCGAUUUACACUUUUUUGUCAGGUUAUGUGCGCCGGCAGCUGGGUCUUGUAUUAUUAUAAUUAUUUUUGUAUACAACCAUUAAUUUCCCCUGAAUUGCCCAUCAGACGUAUAAUGUGACUCUUGGACCAUAACUUUGUUUUAAAAGUUGUUUGUCUCCUUUUGUCCUCCCCUCAUUUAUAUUCUGCCCCCCCCCUCCAACUUUUGGGUAAAUUUAUCUAUAAACAUUUUUUUUCUUUUCCCCCCUUCCCUCUUUUUUAGAUUGUUUAAAAUGUAUUCAUGGAGAAGAAAACCAGAGAAGGGAGGGGGGGCUGCUCCCAUCUGUGUGUCAAGUCUCAGUAUGAAAUGUUUCCGAAUCGUUGAAGUUGACACUGUAUUGUAAACUUUUAACAUUCUUUUUAUUUUGUAUGGGAAAAAGAAAAUUCAUUUUUCAAUUAAAAAAAGCAAAAAACCAAACCAAAAAGCAA